GCAUUUGGCCAGGCCUAUUCGAUCCAGAGGAAGGUGGCGGAGGAUGGGGAGACCCUCGAGGAGAACCUGCUGCAGGAGUCCGCCUCUAAAGAGGCCUACUACAUGAGCAAGAUCCUGGAGCUGCAAACUGAAAUGAAACAGAACAAGAGCGUCAUGUCCAACGUGCAGGCUGAGAACGAGCGGCUCAACGCAGUGCUGCAGGACCUCCGGGAGAAUAACGAGGUGCUUGAGCUGCAGAGGACUCGUAUGAAGGAUGAGAUUCGAGAGUACAAGUUCCGGGAGACGAGACUCCUGCAGGACUACACAGAGCUGGAGGAGGAGAACAUCAUGCUGCAGAAACUUGUCUCCACCCUCAAGCAGAACCAG